AUGUUCUCUGUCAAGGUUGAAUGCAAAAAAGUGUCCAUUUGUUGUGGUUGUCUCAGCACGGAUAGGAGAAUUGUGCUCGUAAACAAUCACCUCGAUAUAUUUUUCUCACUUUUAGGAGUUCAGCGAGACUGCUGUCAAACACAAGUAUUAUUAUGUUGGGAAUGCAUUGCACAUCUAAAGAAGAUUCAAAAAUUUCAAAAUAGAAUACAAAAUGCUCAAUUUGUACUACAACGGUCAUAUGAAUUGGAAAAGCUACCAAACAACUCACUAACCUCCCUUACAACAGUAAAAAAAGAUUAUUAUGACAUUUCCAUUGAUUACGAAACUUCAAAGAAAGAGAAAGACAAAGAAGAUGAAAAAAAUCGCACCAUCAACGAUAUCAAACAAGAAAACGAUGAAGAUUCCAAUCAGCUAGUUAUAGAUGACUCGUUUAGCGAUAACGAAUUAUUAACCAUAGAUUAUAAUAAAUUAAAAAAAUUAGAAGUCAUAGAUGAUACAAUAAAAGAGGAAUCUGAUCUUAAAUAUAGACGUACGAGAUACUAUAUGAGUAAGACUACUGUCAAAAGAUUGGAUGUCGAUGCGACAGAACUAAAGACACGCUGGGCGAAAGUGAAUCUUACUGAGGAGGAAAUAGAGGAGCUAUUGGUGAGGGACAAGAAAAAAGUCGGUCGCAACGCACUACCGCAUAAGUGUAGUCAGUGCAAAAAUACGUAUAAAAGAGGCAUAGAUUUGAGAAGGCAUGAAACAUUCAAUCAUAAUAAACCGUCUUUUCCUACUAAGUGUAAAGAGUGCAGAGUGGAAGUGAAUUCAUGGGAAUCAUUGAAGGAACAUUGGAGAAAACAUAAUUUCUAUUAUAAGUGUGAUGUUUGCAAUUGGCUCUCACAUUCUAUGGCUUCCCUUACGAGACACCAUCGCAGGUUUCACACUACAAUGUACUGUUGUAACACUUGUGACGUCACUUGUCGAACUUUAAGGGAAUUCAGUGAACAUUAUAAAAUGAGACACGAGAGACUCAUAUGUGAUCACUGCAGCAAGAGUUUUAUCAAGAAACGCUCUUUAGAGAUCCAUAUCAAACGUCAUCACACUCCGGCCACAUGUUUAGAAUGUAACAAAAGUUAUGCACAUUACCACGUAUUGGAGAACCACUUUCGAAUGUACCAUCCCCAUAUGGUGCGAGCUGAUAAUCGAACGGAAUUAGCAUAUUGUGUGGAAUGUGAUAAGCAAUUCCCAAGUGUUUAUAAAUAUAGAAGACAUUUGGCUACUGCAGCUAAACAUACGCCUCCUAAACCUGUCAGGGUGCCGUGCCCCGAAUGUGGGAAAGUGUUCGCACGUAAGAUACGCAUGACCAACCAUUAUAACUCCGUGCAUAGAAACAUUUCUAAGCAUCGCUGCGACAUUUGUAACAAGAACUUCUGUUCAGCAUUCUCUGCUCGCACUCACAGACAGCACGUUCACGAGAAAAUACCGAUGCCGAAGAAUAAAAUGUGCGAUAUUUGCGGACGGGGAUUCAGUACAAAUCGGAUAUUGACCAAUCACCGACGGACGCAUACAGGUGAACGCCCAUAUAAGUGCGCCCACUGUCCCGCAACAUUCGCUCAACGUACAGCAAUGAAGACACACGAGCGUACGCAACAUAAAGCUCAAUGGGACUCGCAUAGUGCUCUAUCCGCCGCAGCCACGUUACUAGAACUGGGGGAUAGGGAUGGGAACUGA